UGCCGCAGGCACGGCGGGCGGGUGCCGGAGGCGGCAGCGGCGGCAUCAUGGAGUGCGGGCGGCAGGUGGCGAACUUCGGGGCCGGGCCGGCGAAACUGCCGCGCUCCGUACUGUUAGAAGCACAGAAAGAAUUGGUGGACUACAAAGGACUUGGUAUAAGUGUUCUUGAAAUGAGCCAUCGGACCUCAGAUUUCACAAAAAUUUUAAAUACGGCUGAAAAUCUAAUGCGUGAAUUGCUAAAUAUACCAGAAAACUACAAGGUUAUUUUCCUCCAAGGAGGUGGAUCUGGUCAGUUCAGUGCAGUCCCACUUAAUCUUAUUGGUUUAAAGGAGGGAAGACAUGCAGAUUAUGUGGUUACUGGAGCUUGGUCAGCAAAAGCAGCUAAAGAAGCAGAGAAGUACGCCAAAGUGAAUAUCGUUCAUCCAAAACUAGGAACCUAUACAAGCAUUCCUGACCCAAGCACGUGGAAUCUUAAUCCAGAUGCAUCUUAUGUCUAUUACUGUGCUAAUGAGACUGUUCAUGGUGUGGAGUUUGACUUUGUACCUGAUGUCAAAGGAACAGUCUUGGUUUGUGAUAUGUCAUCAAACUUCCUGUCCAGACCUGUGGAUGUUUCCAAGUUUGGUGUGAUUUUUGCUGGUGCUCAGAAGAAUGUUGGCUGUGCUGGAGUUACUGUUGUAAUAGUACGCGAGGACUUGUUGGGAUUUGCACUGAAAGAAUGCCCUGUAGUACUGGAUUACAAAACACAAGCAAUGAAUGGCUCUUUGUAUAACACUCCACCAUGCUACAGUAUUUAUAUCAUGGGAUUGGUACUGGAAUGGAUAAAGAAUAAUGGUGGAGCUGCAGCUAUGGAUAAACUUAGUUUAAUCAAGUCACGAAUGAUUUAUGACAUUAUAGAUAAAUCUAAUGGAUUCUAUGUAUGUCCAGUGGAGAAAAAGAACCGAAGCAGAAUGAAUGUCCCUUUCCGUAUUGGCAGUAUCAAGGGUGAUGAGGUGCUGGAAAAGAAAUUUCUUGAGAAAGCUGUGGAACUUAACAUGAUAUCUCUGAAAGGGCAUCGAUCUGUGGGAGGAAUCCGCGCCUCUCUGUAUAACGCAGUGACUGUAGAAGACGUUCAAAAGCUUGCAACAUUCAUGAGAAGCUUCAUGCAGAUGCAUCAGUCAUAAAUGCCCAUGGGCUAGAGCCAUGCUGCACAUCUAUGAAAUAAAAGCUAAAGGGUUUGAAAGUUACUGUAGUACUGGGCAGCUGUAGCACACAAGUUAUAUUUUCUUUUAGUUCCUGUAGCUGUUUUAGGUGACUGCAUGGGAUUGAGGCCCAAUCUUGCACUGACUUGGCAACCUUGUCUUCACUGAAGUUGAGAAUCCCCAGACUGAUCAAGAUUGGUUCCAAAAUUUGUAAAACAGUAUUCUUAAUGUGUAGCUAAACCAUGAGUAGUAUUGCAAGAUGCUAUGGACCUGAGUCCAUUUCUUGCUUCUAGUCACAAAUAACUUCUUCAGCAAUGCCUUGCUUUCAGUAAACUUCAGGAAGCAUGGUGAAGCUAGAACUAAUAAGUGUUCUCUAAGGAUAUCUGAUUUAUGCAUGUUCCAACAGUAUACUGCCAGCAGUAUUUAGGAGUUAAUAUCUGUGUUCCUAACUUGAGGACCUUGCCUUCAGACUUCUGCUCCUGUGCUUGGAGUACUAUCAUAACAGUUCCAUGUAGCAAUACCUGUGUGGUUAAAGUCUCUGUAGGACUGGGCCUUUUUUCGUAUCAUCAUUUACUGGUUUAAAGCUAAGAUGCAUGAGUCCGUAAUUAAAUCAAUUUAGAAGGUGUUUAUUUCUCUAUGCAUUUUGUAUGUUAAACUUACCUAGGUUAUUGAUUUUUAUAUUCUUAUUUUGGAGUGUGCAUAUUUGCUUCUGCCAAAAACUUGUUUUUAAUUUGAUAACUUUGUGCCAAACUGGAUUGCUGUAUUCCACUUAAUGGAUCUGUGAUUUUUCUCUAGCCCAAAGUGCAGCAACUUUCUUGUCUGGUGCUUCUUAAAUGUCUUCCUUCUCUAACUGCUCCAGUAUUUUCUCUGCCUUUUCAUUGCUUUAGUCCUGUAGCUUUUCGUAUGUGGUGCUUUGCCCUGCUGCAGUAAGUACAAGUCUUGACUUCUGCCUCUUCCUGAGACUACAUCAUGCUUUCAUAGAAUCACAGAAUAGUUUUGGUUGGAAGGGACCUUUAGAGGUCAUCUAGUCCAACCCCCCUGCAAUGAGCAGGGACAGCUUCAACUAUAUCAGGUUGCUCAGAGGCCCGUCCAACCUGACCUUGAAUGUCUCUAGGGGUGGGGUCCCCACUACCUCUCUGGGUAACCUGUUCCAGUGUUUCACCACCCUCACUGUAAAAAAAUAUUUUCCUUGUAUCCAGUCUAAAUCUACCCUCCUUUAGUUUAAAGUCAUUACCCUUUGUCCUGUCACAGUAGUCAUUGCUAAAGAGAUUGCCUCUAUCUUUCCUAUAGUCACCCUCUAGGUACUGGAAGGCCACAAUAAGGUCUGCCCACAGCCUCCUCUUCUCCAGGCAGGACUUUCGGUCUGAGUUUGUCACUUGAUCUUUCUGGCUUAUUCCAGACUUUGAUACUUUGGGCUAGAGAAUAAACUGCAGUUAGACAAAGACGUUAAAAUCUUCUGUUUUAGUAUGCUUGAAUUACUUUUUCUUCUCAGCUUGUUGAAUUUACUGACAAUGACCAUAUAGUGAAACUAGUCUCCUAUUUUAACUUAUAUAGAAGCUAUCUGCUAAUAUUAGUGUUUAGCAUUACUGCAGCUGGUUUCAGACUGUAAACUCUUUGGUACAGGAUUGGGGUUUUUUCAUUUUUAUGUAACACUAGUACAGUGGUAACAUUUUAAUGAUGGACAGUCUCUUUCUGGGUGGAAACUCACAAGUCAGUGGAUUUGUGCUAGGGUUGAGUUACAUUCCUAUCUGAAAAGUCAUCACUUUGACUACUGUUUUGAGAUUUUUGUUAACUUAGUGUGACUCAAUUAAAUAGGGUGAAGAAAAUAAAACUUAAUCACAGUAUGCUGUGAGGUACCAGUGUAUCUGAAGUUUCUGCUUUUGUCACUUUCAGGAGGAUGAGAGGUCAGGCAUAAUGUGUGUUUAGAAUUUCAAAUUCCAGUAAUAUCCAUUUCUGUACAAAAACAAGCUUCCCUCAUUUAUGUUUUACUUCUUUCUGAAAAUAGUUUUUCCUGCAACUAGCAUGGAAACAAGUAUUGCUAUGAGAAGGCUUUGAGAACCCUUUCUGCCAUGCCUAUCAUGAAGAUCUAACUCAGGUUCUGUGUUAAGCUUUAACUUUCUAAAAUUCUACUUCCUCUGAAUUUUGUGUACUUGUUUUCAAGAGUAGCUGUGGCUUAUCCCUCUUUCCAAAAGAUAGUAAGCCUUUCUUUUUUAUAAUAGCCUUGCAUUCCCCUUAGCAGGCACACUUUUACAUGUGAUUAUAAAAAGGCUUGCACUGCUGUAUGCAGCUGAUUCAUGAACCCAACAGGGAACCUCUUUGCUGCUUCUGAACUGUCUGACAUCAUAUCAGUUAAAGACUUUAAAGACUUCUUCCACCCCACCCCACCCCCUGCCCCGAAAGGCAAAAAUAAUGUAAAAGCAAAAUGCAUAGUGAGGACUACAUUAGCAGGCAGUGUUUGACUAUCACAUGAGGGGAGUGUAGGAAUGCUGGGAAGACUGGAGCAUCUGCCGAAUGAAUUACUUGAGAUUUGUUCCAGACUCAUCCAUGCAGCAUUUCUACCCUUCCAAGUGGCACCCCUGAAAGAUAUAAUUAGGGUAUUGAGCCAUGGUAGGCAGAGGAAUCCCACUUGCCCUCAUCAGAUUAGGAGGAAUUUCAGCAAGAGGUUGCUGAGAGUGUGGGUCUGUUUCCCUUAUGUCAGCACUUCUAAGCUGGGUCAAUAAUUGCAGUGUUUAGAAGUAGAGCUUUUCUUGGUGUGAUAUAAUUACUCCUGAGGCAUUCAAAGGUGUUGAAAAAUAGAAGUACAAUACUGGUCUCACUGAGUUUGUGCAUGUAGAGAGGGAAUUGUAAGACGAGCUCUCUUCAGUGAACAGUGCUUUCAAUUCCUCUUCUGGUGAGUUGUCUCUAUUACAUCUCCUAGCUUUUGUGUUUGAUCUCACAAAAGCAUUCUCUUUAGUUUGUGGUACAAAAGUUCUUGGCUGCUUUCUUUCCCAGGCCUGGACUAAAAAGAGAAAGAUACUGGGGAGGUUGUGCACUCCUUUUUCUGCUCUGCACAGUGAGGAGUAGUUCAGCCCAGGUAAGAAGAAAUGUAGAUCAGGCAGGUACCCUGUCUUAGGGGACUCUCAGUUGUCAACGAUAGGGUCUUUUUGUGGCAGUUGUGGUACUAUAUCUAAGCCUGGCACAAAAGAAUUAAAUAAGAAAUAAGAAUUAGAAGUCUGGAUUGCCACAUCCUUAUUUAACUAGUAACUGUAGUGGAGAUACACUCUUGUCAACUGACACAGGGUCAGGAUGGCCAUGCUGCUGUCCAUAUAAAAAGUGUAUUUUCGUUUUGUCCCAUUUUCUGUUUAAUCCUGGUUUUCUUUUCAACUUGUAACUGGCUUAAUAUUUUUAGAUGUACCCAGGGAUGUUUGGAUAUAAAAAGUUUAAGCCUAUUCUUGACUUCCAAGUAAACGUUUGGAAUGAAACAGGAAUAAAAGACAUCAUACAUCGAUGGAUUAGAAGUUGUUGGAGUAUGCUGAAAGCAUUAUUAGGUCUGGCACUAUAUUGGUGUAUGAUUAAUGUUUGCUGUAUUUCAUUCUCUGGAUAGAAAAUAAAAUGAGGGUGAACCUCUUUGUAUUUGAUAAGGAUGUACCUAAUUAAAAAGUGAAAUGUUACAAGGUUUUACAUGAAAUCUGUCACUUUAAUUGGAAAGAAGUAUCCCAUUCCUGUUGGUAAUUGGACUCUUGAUAAUUUAAAACCAGGAUUCAUGACAGUCUGUGAUAAAUUGGUCCCUUUUAGGCUAAGAAGCUAAGAAGUUAUAAUUACUGGUGGAUUACUGAAUGGUUGGAGAACAGUGAUCAAAGAGAUGCAAGGAGAUAUAUAGAAGAGCUGGUAGCUUGUGAACAUGUAUUUAUUUUUUAAAUAGUUAAGGAAUAAAUGGGUAUUUGAUGUGACAAAAACAAAAGCUGUACAGUUUCUGAAAUCCCAGAAAAUUUGAAUUCAGUCUCCUACCUUUGCACUAUGCAUAAAAAGCAAAAUGAGUAUUUUAGUAAAUGGAUUAAUUACAAAAAAGAUAUGAAGAAAUUGUGAGAAAAGUUGAAAUUUGCAAAACUAAUAAGAGAAAUUACCAUUGAAAUGCUUAGAAUUUAUAAUAUAAUGAACAAAUUGGAGUAUGAGUUUUUGUUUUAGUCGCAUGAUGUAAACUGAAGGCAUUUGAGAUGUAUUGCUAAAACUGGGGAUUAUAGUAACAAACACUUUUGCUGUAUAACUGAAUAAAUAUUUUUCCACUG